AAAAUCCAAACUUUCAAUGGCGGAUUUGCUAAGAAAAGUGAAAUCGAUAAAGAAGAAGCAGGAACAGAGCAAUCAACAAGCUCUGAUCCUUGGCAAAUACGAAAUGGGUAGGCUUCUUGGUCAUGGAACCUUCGCUAAAGUUUAUCUCGCAAGAAACGCUCAAUCUGGAGAAAGCGUAGCGAUCAAGGUAAUAGACAAAGAGAAAGUUCUCAAAUCCGGUUUGAUCGCACAUAUCAAACGCGAGAUCUCGAUCUUGCGUCGUGUUCGUCAUCCAAACAUCGUUCAGCUAUUCGAAGUCAUGGCGACGAAAUCGAAGAUCUAUUUCGUAAUGGAAUAUGUUAAAGGAGGUGAAUUGUUCAACAAGGUAGCUAAAGGAAGGUUAAAAGAAGAAAUGGCACGUAAAUAUUUUCAACAAUUGAUCUCCGCCGUAUCGUUUUGUCAUUUUCGUGGUGUUUAUCAUCGAGAUUUGAAACCGGAGAAUCUUCUUUUAGACGAAAACGGAAACCUAAAAGUCUCUGAUUUUGGUCUUAGUGCUGUUUCUGAUCAGAUUCGACAAGAUGGGUUAUUUCAUACUUUUUGUGGGACCCCUGCUUACGUGGCACCGGAGGUUCUUGCUCGGAAAGGUUACGACGGAGCUAAAGUCGAUAUUUGGUCUUGUGGAGUGAUCUUGUUCGUGUUAAUGGCGGGGUUUCUUCCUUUUCAUGAUCGGAAUGUUAUGGCUAUGUAUAAGAAGAUAUAUAGAGGAGAUUUUAGGUGUCCGAGAUGGUUUCCGGUUGAGAUUAACCGGUUAUUGAUCCGGAUGUUGGAGACUAAACCGGAAAGACGGUUUACAAUGCCGGAGAUUAUGGAGACUAGUUGGUUCAAGAAAGGUUUUAAGCAUAUUAAGUUUUAUGUUGAAGAUGAUCAUCAGCUUUGUAAUGUUGCUGAUGAUGAUGAGAUCGAAUCGAUUGAAUCGGUUUCGGGGAGGUCUUCUACCGUUUCUGAACCGGAGGACUUAGAGUCUUUUGAUGGGAGGAGAAGGGCGUUUUCGAUGCCUAGACCCGCGAGUUUGAAUGCUUUCGAUCUCAUUUCGUUUUCGCCUGGUUUUGAUCUUUCGGGUUUGUUUGAGGAUGAUCGUGAAGGCUCUAGGUUUGUGUCUGGUGCUCCUGUUGCUCAGAUCAUAUCUAAAUUGGAGGAAAUCGCGAAAAUCGUGAGUUUUACGGUGCGAAAGAAGGAUUGUAAAGUGAGUCUUGAAGGUUCAAGAGAAGGAAGUAAGAAAGGUCCAUUGUCAAUUGCUGCUGAGAUAUUUGAACUGACUCCAGCUUUGGUUGUUGUUGAAGUUAAGAAGAAAGGAGGUGAUAAAAUGGAGUAUGAUGAGUUUUGUAAUAAAGAAUUGAAACCGAAAUUGCAGAAUUUGUCUUCGGAAAAUGGCGAAUCGGUUUCUAGUUCGCGUUCUUUGCCUGAUUAUUUACUUUCUGAUACUGAUUAGGAAGAUGAAAAAUGAAUUUUUGUUUUUGUUUUAGAUUUGUGAAGUAUAUGUGUGUUUAACGAAUUGUAAUGUUCUUGUUCUUUGAAUGGUGUGUGAGAGACAUUAGAAUUUAGACCUAAAGAGAGUGGUGAGAUAUGAAUCAUUGAUGUGUAUAGGUGGAAAACACAGAUUGAAUAAACAAGUUUGUUAUUU